AUGCAAAAGGGCUGUGUGAAAAAGAGUCUCAGGUGGACAUGUAAGGCUUGUGGUGAGAAGCAGUCUUUCUUACGGGCUUAUGGUGAGGGCUCUGGUGCCCACUGUAGAAGCCACGUUCAAAAACUAAAUCUGCUGCAGGGACAGGCUUCUGAGCUGUUACCCAGGGGAUACAGCCACAGCGCAGCACAGCUUCCGCGUGGCCCAGAUGCCCAAGACGCUUCCGACGCUGGUGUUGCCCUGGAGUCGCAGGAUAACGGGGACCUGAGGGGAGCGGCGCAGCGAGGGAGCCCUGGCUGUCCCUGGAGGGCAACAGCCCCGCCUUCUAAAUGGGCUCGGUUUCUCCUGCCACCUGUACACAGCCCCCAGGAGGACACAGAGCCACUGGCAUCAGCACAGAGGGGGCCUGGGCCAGCCCGUCCAGCACAGGCCACCCCUGAGGAAGGCCGCUUCAGUGGGCCCACUGCCCCCACCAUGCCUCCUCGGGCUGUGCUGGGGAGGCCCUGUGGGGAGACCCCGUGGGCAGAGGGCUGUCAGGUGGCCCCAUCCGUGCGACGGUGCAGCCUCUUUACAACUGGGGAGGAGUUCGAGGAUGACCUGUGAGGUGAGAUGGGGCAUG